AAAUAUACAAUAAAUAAUCUUGAAUAAUCAAUUCCGAAGAAAAGACAAAAACCAAAAUCGAUUAUCAACGUUUCUCCGAAUCGUACGAUUUCACAUGUUUUUACUCUUCCGCAACUAAAUCUCUUCAGCUUCACUCAAAUUAAUCACUGAAUCUUAUUCCAUCUCUCAAUUCUAAUUCUCCGCAUAAAUUUGGGAUUAGGGUUUUUCAUUCCCCUUUUUCCAAAAACCGAUAAUUUCUCGUACAAAUGGUUGAAAAAUCAGUACUAUCAAUAACAAAUGAAGAUUCAGAAUCUUCUAACAGAUUUUUAUCAAAGGGAUUCACCGAUUGGAUUUUCGAGUGUCAUGGGUUUUGGCACAAUGCUGUGUUGAUAAUCGCUUCCUUUCUCUUUGUUUUGUAUUUGGCACUUCAAGCGAAGAAGAGCUUCGUUAAGCUCACUAAUGGUCGCUCUUAUAUUAUAAUUUCAUAUUAUGCUUCUCUUUGGCUUGUUAGCAUCCUCAAUCUUGCUUGGUGUUUUUCCCAGGUAUGGGAGUGCUCUCCUGGGAAAGAGCUCACUUGGAACUUGUUGACCUUGUUUACUUCUUCCGGAAUGCUUUUUCUAGAAGUGAGCUUGCUGGCUUUUUUACUUCAGGGUAAUAAUGCAAGUGGCGUAGAAGCGUUGACGCGAAUAUUUGGUAUAUCUGGUAUCAUUGUUGGUUUUGAUGUCUUGUUAAAGGCUAUAUAUCUGUUUGCAUUUGGGGUCCCAUUAUUCAUCGACACUGAUAACGGCACUCCUCGCGUGAAGUGGAACUUGUGGGUUGUCCACAAGCUAGUCCUUACCGUUGUUUAUGGAUUGAUAUUGUCCAUGUAUCAUUCUAGGUGGAGAGAAAGGUUACCUGGUAAGUUAAUUUCAGGGUUUGUUACAUUAUGUUUGUUUGCUAUUAUUUCUGUGACUAUGAUAGCAUUUUUUUUCCUUUCUUUUGUAGCAAGACCUGCGUUCUACAAGUAUGUUAUUAUUAUGUUCAUCUUGAAUACAAUUGCAUUGUUUGCUUGCGGGCUUACCGGAAAUGGCGCUGGUUUUGCUUUCUGGUUCUAUCAUGUCACUGUUGUGUGUUACCAUGCCUUUUAUCUUCCGUUGCUAUAUAUUACAUUUCUGGCAGACUUUUUUCAGGAGGAAGAUUUUCACAUGGAGAAUGUGUAUUACUCUGAAAUGAAAGAUGCUGGUUUUUUCGAAUCGGAUUGGGAGUGAUGUGGUAUUAACUGUUAGAUUAGAUUAAUAAGUCCUCAAUAUACUGUAGGACAUAACUUUCACGAAAUUUGUAAAUAAAGUAAAUAUAUUCGUAGAUCGCUUUGUAUAUUGUUCUUCUUUUCCUUUUCUUUUUUUUUUUCUUCUGAAAAAAACACUGAUUACUAGUAGUAGACAGUAGCCUCCUUGAGUGUUUGA